CUUUCCUCAUACAGGAUAGUCAAUUGGUAGUCGUGUUGUUCUUAAAGUGUUAGCAGUUCCAAUAAUUUCAGUUAAUAAUUUGUUUUCUACGAGUUUUGCAUAUUUAUUCUACAUAUAUUUUCGCGAGAUUCCUUUUCUCGCAGCUGCGUUCUGAAGGAUUAUAAAAUAUUGUGAAGGAAGAAUAUAUUGAUUGAUUUUAGCUUUAUUAAGUAUAUAAAAUUAGCUUCAAUGGAGGUCUUAAGCAAUAACAAAACACACAAAGAAAUAUGUGAUAUACUUAGUAAAAAUAAAGUAUAUUUGGUAAUUAGACGGAAAAAGACGACUUUAUACCUCGAUGUGCCGGAAAGUACUCAAGUUAUUAAGCUGAAGGAAAUGAUUCUACCUAUAUUUAAAGUACAGCCACAAGAUCAACGGCUACUUAUCAUGUUUCUAAACAAUGAUCAUCUUGACGAAUAUAAGGAAUUAUCCGAUUCUACACAAUUAUUUCAAUGUGGAUUGACUUCAUUAACGGCAGUGGUAACGAAUCCUGCGAUAAUUGGAUUAGCUGUACGACAAGAGGAUGGUUCGUUUGAAAAUCUCGAAGUAACACCAUACUCUAACGCAGACUGGCCAAUGCCUCCAAAUGAUGAUGAUUUGGAAAAAUGUGUUGCCUAUAAUGAAAAGUAUGCGAAAAUGCUGGAAGAAUUUCGGGUAAAAAAAGAUGCUCCUUCUACAAAUAGAAGACCCGCAACAUUGAAAAUAAAAAUAAAAUGAUAUGACAUUGCAUCAAUGAAUUAUGUUUUGUGUUCAGUUGAAGUUCCACAUAAUACAAAGUGAGAAAACUAUAUUAUAAUAACCAUAGUAUACUGUAUCGUAGUAUAAUAAAUGUACUAUAUAA